CAAACGAUAAUUAUUGGACCUACAUAAUGCUAUUCUUUAUAUUUGUAACAUCAAGAAAAGCAACAAAAAGAUAAUGAAUUAAAGAAUCACAUUUCAUACAACCUUUCUAUCAUUUUCCAAUAAUGGCCCGGACAGUAAGUCUCUGGCGGAGAGAGGCCGUGUUCUUGACGGCCAUGCUGGCGACAGAAACCGGCGUAGUCGGAAUAAGUACUUUGUUUAAAGUAGCAACUUCAAAGGGACUCAAUCUUUACGCUUUCCUCGGCUAUUCUUAUCUUCUUGCUUCUCUCCUUCUUCUUCCUUCUCUGUUCUUCACCGACAGGUCAAGAUCACUUCCUCCACUAAGUUUGUCAAUACUUUCUAAAAUAGGACUUCUUGGAUUGCUAGGAUCAAUGUAUGUGAUCACAGGAUACAUAGGCAUCGAAUACAGCAGCCCAACCUUAGCCUCUGCCAUUAGCAAUAUCACUCCUGCUCUUACCUUCAUCCUCGCCAUUAUCUUCAGAAUGGAAAAAGUAUCUUUCAAAGAAAGGAGCAGUGUAGCCAAAGUGAUGGGGACGAUAUUGUCGUUAAUAGGCGCACUUGUUGUGGUUCUCUACCAUGGUCCACGUGUCUUUGUUGCAUCUUCUCCGCCGUAUAUAAACUUCCGUCAGCUUUCUCCGCCGUUAUCAUCUUCAAAUUCAGAUUGGCUCAUCGGCGGAGCUCUUCUUACCAUAAGAGACAUCUUUGUUUCUGUUUCUUUCAUUCUCCAGGUACAAAUUUUUGUUCUUAUACAUAAUAGAAAUAAUACAAAGUGUUGGAUAUGUUCCAUGCAAAAGAGACUAAUUUUGUUAUCGGAGGCAGAAUUUUUAAAAUACAACAGACUUAACCGAGGAAAAUUAGUUCAACCGUAAACCCACUGGAUCCUCGAACCUAGGCCAAAUAGAGAAUCUAACUUGAAAACAAAAACCCGUAAAGAAUUACCCCAUACCAGCAAAACUCAUGUGCUAUCACAAAACAACGUACCAUCAAAUUCUAGGUUAAUCAAUAGAUGAUGGCAGGCCUGGCCCGCCAAUAAAGCAGGAAAGCAACUGUUUUAAACCACACAAUGUAGUCUAGUGGUUAGACUUUCUAUAACUUAGUCCCGAUUCACAAGUUCGAGCUUUUACUAAUAUUAUUUGCUCUAUUUGUUUUUGCAUUCCUUUUCAUCCUUUUUUUCUUUUUCCAAUCCACAUAUUUUAGUUAUGUUUGAGGCCACUUAAAGUUAAGGACCGGCCCUCGAUGAUCGAGUUGGUCAUAGACCAAUCACUAUUUACUUACCUAUAGAAGAAAACUCUCAACCAUAAACAUUGGAUGUUAAAACUAGAUAUAGGCAUACAGGAAGAGGCGGCCAUGGGGUCAAGCAAGACAAGCAUGUUUGAAGUCGAAAUAAAUAAAUAUAUAUAUAUGUAAGAGUAUGAUAAAGUGACUAAUAAGGUGUCAAGUGGUCCGUUUAACGUCCAAUAGGUUUGACCAUUUGGACCAUUUUUUUUUUGGGGUUUAAUGAACGGUCCAUAAUGGUUUAUGGUCCAAAAACUUGUCCAAAUCCAUGAAGGAUAACCAUGUCCAUUGGAUAUGUCCAUGGUCGUCCAUUACUGUACAAGCUUCCUGUUUGAUUCAAAUUCAUCUCAAUUCAUCUCAACCGCAUGAUAGUGUUGGAUUCUAAGAGUACUAAUAUCAGUGAUAUGUGCGAAGUUGGAGUCCCAUUAUAACCUUUUGCCGAAAAUAUAUAAUUUUUCACUAAUAAGAGGCCCUAGUAAUUAUUGUUUUGCUUGGAGUCAUGAAACUCGUAAAGCCAGCUCUGGAAAUAGCUGGGGUUUUGAAGUUAAUCAACUAUCUUCAUACAUCAAAUAUCAAAUUUUGUUUUUUGAAAGAAGGUUGAACAUGCAUAUAUAAUUUCAAUGUUUAUUCUAUAAAAUGUAUUUGGCCAGGCAAAAAUAAUGAGUACAUAUCCAGCAGCAUUCACAGUCUCCUUCCUCUACAUUGUAUCGGUUUCAAUCGUGACUUCAAUGAUUGGACUAGUAGUGGAAAAGAACAAUCCAAGCGUUUGGAUCAUUCGAUUUGAUAUUACUUUGAUAACAAUUGUAACUAUGGCAAUAAUUACUUCAGUAUACUAUGUGAUCCAUUCAUGGACAGUACGUCACAAAGGACCUCUAUACUUAGCGAUAUUUAAGCCUUUGUCGAUUUUAAUAGCGGUGGUUAUGAGCGCAGUUUUUCUCAACGAUUCUCUCUAUCUCGGAUGUUUGAUAGGAGGACUAUUGAUAACGUUGGGGUUUUACGCUGUGAUGUGGGGUAAAGCAAACGAAGAGAAAGAUCAAUUGUUGUUAGUUUCAGGAAAAGAGAGAACCCCUCUUCUAUUGAACGGCUAAAAUGGCCAAAUUAGAAUUAAAAAUAAAUUAGAACUAAUUUACAUAUUCUUAGCCACACUUUUGGGUAAUGUGUACAUGUAUAUUACUACUGUAUUUCAUGUUGCGCUUUGUUUAUAACUUGAAUAAUUGUUUUAACCAUGAAGUAAAGACACUCUAUAUCCAUGGUUAGUAAAUAAGGUAAAUUGCG